AUGGACGACACAUGUGUCCGUGCAGCUGCAGAAAGGCCUGGGCCUGGGCCUCGGCACAACCACAGCCUCUCGGUGCAGUGUCCUGAGGACCUGUUCACCAGAGCAGUGCGUGACCACCGUCCUGCAGACACCACGACCUGCCGUUACCUCCUGAACUUCCUCUUCCUGUUGUUUAAAUUCUGUUUACAUUUAAACCCUGCCUCUUCCUUCACCCCUCCUCCUCCCUCACCUCUCCUCCUCCCUCACCUCUCCUCCUCCCUCACCUCUCCUCCUCCCUCACAUCUCCUCCUCCCUCACCUCCCCUCCUCCCUCACAUCUCCUCCUCCCUCACAUCUCCUCCUCCUUCACCUCUCCUCCUCCCUCACAUCUCCUCCUCCCUCACAUCUCCUCCUCCCUCACCUCUCCUCCUCCCUCACAUCUCCUCCUCCCUCACAUCUCCUCCUCCCUCACAUCUCCUCCUCCCUCACCUCUCCUCCUCCCUCACCUCUCCUCCUCCCUCACCCCUCCUCCUCCCUCACCUCCCCUCCUCCCUCACCUCUCCUCCUCCCUCACCUCUCCUCCUCCCUCACCUCUCCUCCUCCGUCACAUCUCCUCCUCCCUCACAUCUCCUCCUCCCUCACAUCUCCUCCUCCCUCACAUCUCCUCCUCCCUCACCUCUCCUCCUCCCUCACCUCUCCUCCUCCCUCACCUCCCCUCCUCCGUCACAUCUCCUCCUCCCUCACCUCUCCUCCUCCCUCACCUCUCCUCCUCCGUCACAUCUCCUCCUCCCUCACAUCUCCUCCUCCCUCACCUCUCCUCCUCCCUCACAUCUCCUCCUCCCUCACCUCUCCUCCUCCCUCACAUCUCCUCCUCCCUCACCUCUUCUCCUCCCUCACAUCUCCUCCUCCCUCACAUCUCCUCCUCCCUCACAUCUCCUCCUCCCUCACAUCUCCUCCUCCCUCACCUCUCCUCCUCCCUCACCUCUCCUCCUCCCUCACCUCCCCUCCUCCCUCACCUAUCCUCCUCACUCACCUCUCCUCCUCCCUCACCUCUCCUCCCUCACCUCUCCUCCUCCCUCACCUCUCCUCCUCCCUCACCUCUCCUCCUCCCUCACAUCUCCUCCUCCCUCACUUCUCCUCCUCCCUCACCUCUCCUCCUCCCUCACAUCUCCUCCUCCCACACAUCUCCUCCUCCCUCACCUCCCCUCCUCCCUCACCUAUCCUCCUCACUCACCUCUCCUCCUCCCUCACCUCUCCUCCUCCGUCACAUCUCCUCCUCCCUCACAUCUCCUCCUCCCUCACCUCUCCUCCUCCCUCACAUCUCCUCCUCCCUCACCUCUCCUCCUCCCUCACAUCUCCUCCUCCCUCACCUCUUCUCCUCCCUCACAUCUCCUCCUCCCUCACCUCUCCUCCUCCGUCACCUCUUCUCCUCCCUCACAUCUCCUCCUCCCUCACAUCUCCUCCUCCCUCACCUCUCCUCCUCCCUCACAUCUCCUCCUCCCUCACCUCUUCUCCUCCCUCACAUCUCCUCCUCCCUCACAUCUCCUCCUCCCUCACAUCUCCUCCUCCCUCACAUCUCCUCCUCCCUCACCUCUCCUCCUCCCUCACCUCUCCUCCUCCCUCACCCCCCCUCCUCCCUCACCUAUCCUCCUCACUCACCUCUCCUCCUCCCUCACCUCUCCUCCCUCACCUCUCCUCCUCCCUCACCUCUCCUCCUCCCUCACCUCUCCUCCUCCCUCACAUCUCCUCCUCCCUCACUUCUCCUCCUCCCUCACCUCUCCUCCUCCCUCACAUCUCCUCCUCCCACACAUCUCCUCCUCCCUCACCUCCCCUCCUCCCUCACCUCUCCUCCUCCGUCACAUCUCCUCCUCCCUCACAUCUCCUCCUCCGUCACAUCUCCUCCUCCCUCACAUCUCCUCCUCCCUCACCUCUUCUCCUCCCUCACAUCUCCUCCUCCCUCACAUCUCCUCCUCCCUCACAUCUCCUCCUCCCUCACAUCUCCUCCUCCCUCACCUCUCCUCCUCCCUCACCUCUCCUCCUCCCUCACCUCCCCUCCUCCCUCACCUAUCCUCCUCACUCACCUCUCCUCCUCCCUCACCUCUCCUCCCUCACCUCUCCUCCUCCCUCACCUCUCCUCCUCCCUCACCUCUCCUCCUCCCUCACAUCUCCUCCUCCCUCACUUCUCCUCCUCCCUCACCUCUCCUCCUCCCUCACAUCUCCUCCUCCCACACAUCUCCUCCUCCCUCACCUCCCCUCCUCCCUCACCUCUCCUCCUCCCUCACCUCUCCUCCUCCCUCACAUCUCCUCCUCCCUCACUUCUCCUCCUCCCUCACCUCUCCUCCUCCCUCACAUCUCCUCCUCCCACACAUCUCCUCCUCCCUCACCUCCCCUCCUCCCUCACCUCUCCUCCUCCCUCACAUCUCCUCCUCCCUCACAUCUCCUCCUCCCUCACAUCUCCUCCUCCCUCACCUCUCCUCCUCCCUCACCUCUCCUCCUCCCUCACCUCCCCUCCUCCCUCACCUAUCCUCCUCACUCACCUCUCCUCCUCCCUCACCUCUCCUCCCUCACCUCUCCUCCUCCCUCACCUCUCCUCCUCCCCUCACCUCUCCUCCUCCCUCACAUCUCCUCCUCCCUCACUUCUCCUCCUCCCUCACCUCUCCUCCUCCCUCACAUCUCCUCCUCCCACACAUCUCCUCCUCCCUCACCUCCCCUCCUCCCUCACCUAUCCUCCUCACUCACCUCUCCUCCUCCCUCACCUCUCCUCCUCCGUCACAUCUCCUCCUCCCUCACAUCUCCUCCUCCCUCACCUCUCCUCCUCCCUCACAUCUCCUCCUCCCUCACCUCUCCUCCUCCCUCACAUCUCCUCCUCCCUCCUCACCUCUUCUCCUCCCUCACAUCUCCUCCUCCCUCACCUCUCCUCCUCCGUCACCUCUUCUCCUCCCUCACAUCUCCUCCUCCCUCACCUCUCCUCCUCCCUCACAUCUCCUCCUCCCUCACCUCUCCUCCUCCCACACAUCUCCUCCUCCCUCACAUCUCCUCCUCCCUCACCUCUCCUCCUCCCUCACAUCUCCUCCUCCCUCACCUCUCCUCCUCCUCCCUCACCUCUCCUCCUCCCUCACCUCUCCUCCUCCCUCACAUCUCCUCCUCCCUCACUUCUCCUCCUCCCUCACCUCUCCUCCUCCCUCACAUCUCCUCCUCCCACACAUCUCCUCCUCCCUCACCUCCCCUCCUCCCUCACCUAUCCUCCUCACCUCACCUCUCCUCCUCCCUCACCUCUCCUCCUCCGUCACAUCUCCUCCUCCCUCACAUCUCCUCCUCCCUCACCUCUCCUCCUCCCUCACAUCUCCUCCUCCCUCACCUCUCCUCCUCCCUCACAUCUCCUCCUCCCUCACCUCUUCUCCUCCCUCACAUCUCCUCCUCCCUCACCUCUCCUCCUCCGUCACCUCUUCUCCUCCCUCACAUCUCCUCCUCCCUCACCUCUCCUCCUCCCUCACAUCUCCUCUCCUCCCUCACCUCUCCUCCUCCCACACAUCUCCUCCUCCCUCACAUCUCCUCCUCCCUCACCUCUCCUCCUCCCUCACAUCUCCUCCUCCCUCACCUCUUCUCCUCCCUCACAUCUCCUCCUCCCUCACCUCUUCUCCUCCCUCACAUCUCCUCCUCCCUCACCUCUCCUCCUCCGUCACCUCUUCUCCUCCCUCACAUCUCCUCCUCCCUCACCUCUCCUCCUCCCUCACCUCUCCUCCUCCCUCACCUCUUCUCCUCCCUCACCUCUCCUCCCUCACAUCUCCUCCUCCCUCACCUCUCCUCCUCCGUCACCUCUUCUCCUCCCUCACCUCUUCUCCUCCCUCACAUCUCCUCCUCCGUCACCUCUCCUCCUCCCUCACCUCUCCUCCUCCGUCACAUCUCCUCCUCCCUCACAUCUCCUCCUCCCUCACCUCUCCUCCUCCCUCACAUCUCCUCCUCCCUCACCUCUCCUCCUCCCUCACCUCUCCCUCCUCCCUCACCUCUCUUCCUCCCUCACCUCUCCUCCUCCCUCACCUCUUCUCCUCCCUCACCUCUCCUCCCUCACAUCUCCUCCUCCCUCACCUCUCCUCCUCCCUCACAUCUCCUCCUCCCUCACAUCUCCUCCUCCGUCACCUCUUCUCCUCCCUCACCUCUUCUCCUCCCUCACAUCUCCUCCUCCAUCACCUCUCCUCCCUCACAUCUCCUCCGUCACAUCUCCUCCUCCCUCACCUCUCCUCCUCCCUCACCUCUCCUCCUCCCUCACAUCUCCUCCUCCCUCACCUCUUCUCCUCCCUCACCUCUCCUCCCUCACAUCUCCUCCUCCGUCACCUCUCCUCCUCCCUCACAUCUCCUCCUCCCUCACAUCUCCUCCUCCGUCACCUCUUCUCCUCCCUCACCUCUUCUCCUCCCUCACAUCUCCUCCUCCGUCACCUCUCCUCCUCCCUCACCUCUCCACUCACCUCUCCUCCUCCAUCACCUCUCCUCCUCCCUCACAUCUCCUCCUCCCUCACCUCUCCACCUCCCUGACCUCUCCUCCUCCGUCACAUCUCCUCCUCCCUCACCUCUCCUCCUCCGUCACAUCUCCUCCUCCCUCACCUCCUCCCACACCUCUCCUCCUCCCUCACAUCUCCUCCUCCCUCACCUCUCCUCCUCCCUCACAUCUCCUCCUCCCACACCUCUCCUCCUCCCUCACAUCUCCUCCUCCCUCACCUCUUCUCCUCCCUCACAUCUCCUCCUCCCCUCACCUCUCCUCCUCCGUCACCUCUCCUCCUCCCUCACAUCUCCUCCUCCCUCACCUCUCCUCCUCCCUCACAUCCCCUCCUCCCUCACCUCUCCUCCUCCCACACCUCUCCUCCUCCCUCACAUCUCCUCCUCCCUCACCUCUUCUCCUCCCUCACCUCUCCUCCCUCACAUCUCCUCCUCCCUCACCUCUCCUCCUCCCUCACAUCUCCUCCUCCCUCACAUCUCCUCCUCCGUCACCUCUUCUCCUCCCUCACCUCUUCUCCUCCCUCACAUCUCCUCCUCCGUCACCUCUCCUCCUCCCUCACAUCUCCUCCUCCGUCACAUCUCCUCCUCCCUCACCUCUCCUCCUCCCUCACCUCUCUCCUCCCUCACCUCUCCUCCUCCGUCACAUCUCCUCCUCCGUCACAUCUCCUCCUCCGUCACCUCUCCUCCUCCGUCACCUCUCCUCCUCCCUCACAUCUCCUCCUCCCUCACCUCUCCUCCUCCCUCACCUCUCCUCCUCCCUCACAUCUCCUCCUCCCUCACCUCUCCUCCUCCCUCACCUCUCCUCCUCCCUCACCUCUCCUCCUCCCUCACAUCUCCUCCUCCGUCACAUCUCCUCCUCCCUCACCUCUCCUCCUCCCUCACCUCUCUCCUCCCUCACCUCUCCUCCUCCGUCACAUCUCCUCCUCCGUCACAUCUCCUCCUCCGUCACAUCUCCUCCUCCGUCACCUCUCCUCCUCCCUCACCUCUCCUCCUCCCUCACAUCUCCUCCUCCCUCACCUCUCCUCCUCCCUCACCUCUCCUCCUCCCUCACAUCCCCUCCUCCCUCACCUCUCCUCCUCCCACACCUCUCCUCCUCCCUCACAUCUCCUCCUCCCUCACCUCUUCUCCUCCCUCACCUCUCCUCCCUCACAUCUCCUCCUCCCUCACCUCUCCUCCUCCCUCACAUCUCCUCCUCCCUCACAUCUCCUCCUCCCUCACCUCUCCUCCUCCCUCACCUCUCCUCCUCCCUCACAUCUCCUCCUCCCUCACCUCUCCUCCUCCCUCACCUCUCCUCCUCCAUCACCUCUCCUCCUCCCCUCUUCCCCCCCUCCUCCCUCACCCCUCCCUCCUCCUCCCCUCUCCUCCUCCCUCCCUCCUCCACCUCUCUUCCCCCCUCCUCCCUCUCCCCUCCCUCCUCCUCCCCUCUUCCCCCCUCCUCCCUCUCCCCUCCCUCCUCCUCCCCUCCCUCCUCCUCCCCUCCCUCCUCUCUCCUCACCUUUUUUGUUUUCACAUUGUCAUCAUUUUGUGUAAAGCAGCAGAAGAAGCAUCAGACUCAUUUAUUUUGAGAUAUUUUGUGUUUGUUUACGUGUCCAUGUGGGCUGGGCCUGCGAGACACUGA